AUGGGAGGUUGGGGACAUGAAGAGAUAGAGAAGAGGGAAAGGCAAAAGAGGAAAGAUGGGAAAAGGAUUAUGGAUCAGAAUUAUAAUAAGGGUAUAAGAUUGUUAAAAGGAGGAAUCUGGGAUUCAACUUGUUUUGUGUUCGAUGGACAAUAUUACCAACAGAUAUUUGGUAGCCCAAUGAGCUCACCGCUUUCGCCGAUUCUGGCUGAUAUGGUGCUUGAUGACCUCGAGACUAGUUGCAUCGGGAACUUGGGAUUUGAUAGGUCUCGCUUAUUACAUGGCGCAGUCGAGGAAGAACUAUUAACGUAUAGUACGACGGUCAAUACAUUGGAUCAAUUGCAAGAAAUUAAUAUAAUCUAUACGACGCCGAAAUACAUAAUGGAAGGUGCUGGAAGAUUGCCGGAAUCGAUGAGCUUUGAUGGGAAUCUCAGUGAAAAUUUCAAGAGAUUUUAUCAAAGUUUGGAGUUAUAUUUAACUGCUACGGAAAAGGAUCGAGGCUCGACAAGAAAUUAUUGUGCACCGAGGAAAAACAGAACGUAUGAACGAUUCGUGUUUAAUAAUCGCAGUCAAGGGACGGAGGAGCCAUUUGAUCAGUUUUUAGGCGAUCUAAAGAAACUGAUACAGUCUCGCGAAUAUGCUGACCAAGAAGAUACGAUAUUAGUAGACAGAAUAAUACUGGGUGUAAAUGAUGUGAAAGUACAGGAAAAACUACUGACCACGCAAAACACCACUUUAGAAAAUGCAAUAGAAGUAUGCAGAAACUUUGAGGCCACAAAGAAGCAGUUGCGUAGUGUCCGAAAUAAAGAAGAGAUUGCAGUUGAUUUUAUCAAGAAAAAGAGGCAGGAGAGUAGAGGUAAUGAGAAGAGUGAAGAUUUAAAAGACGAUGAGAAAAGCAGAAGACAGUUUAAAUGCAGCAAGUGUGGUAAAGUCCAUGGAGUCAGAGAGUGUCCAGCUUUCGGGAAGACUUGUUAUAAGUGUGAGAAAAUGAAUCACUUCAACAGCAUGUGUAAAGCUAAAAUUAAAGAUGUCAAGGAUAUAUCGAGGAGCAGCGACGUUGAGUUAGAAGGUGAAAAUUUUUAUGAGUAUAAGUCAAUAGUUAAAGAUCAACGGUUGCAGAAAACACACAUCGUAUUGCAAGCAUAUGGAGGGACGAAGAUCACACCAAUAGGAACGGUUAAUUUAAGAUGUAAGAAUGUAGAUAAAAGUGAAAUAUUAGAAUUUUUGUUAUAGGUUUAAAGGUUAGGUCAAUAUUGGGUUUACUGAGCACUCGCAAAUUGAAUUAUAUUAAAGAUACGAAUAGUAUUAAGACGUUGAAUGAUAAGGAAAAAUUUAUACAGUUAAAUAAUGAUGUGUUUAAAGGACUGGGCACAUUUAAGGAUAUUUGCAAAAUUAAAUUAAAGAAAAACAGUGUUCCUUUUGCCGUACCAUGUAGACGUGUACCGUUGGCUAUAAAGCAGAGGUUGAAGUUAAAACUCGAUAGUUUAGAAAAAGAAGGAGUUAUUGUUAAAGUUGAUGGUGCCAGUGAAUGGGUAAAUCCUUUAGUUAUAAUAGAAAAACCAGAUAAAACUUUGCGGUUAUGUUUAGAUCCACAGGAUUUGAAUAAGUGUAUUGAAAGAGAAUUUUAUGAAAUUCCUAGUUUUGAGGAAGUUAGUAGUGAGUUGAGUGGAAAAGUUUUUUACAGUAAUAGAUUUUAAAGAUGGAUUUUACCAGGUGAAGUUAGACAGUGAGUCGAGUAAAUAUAUGACAUUUUCGACUCCGUUUGGAUGUUAUAGAUUUACAAGAUUACCAUUUGGUAUUAAGAUAGCACCAGAAUAUUUUCAAAAAAUAAAUGUUAAAAAUUUUGGAGAUAUUAAAGGUAUAAAAAUUAAUUUUGAUAUGAUAGUAGCUACUGAUAGUAAAGAAGAGCAUGAUAGAAUUUUACAAGAGGUUAUGGAUAGGGCUAGAGAGAGAGGUGUUAAAUUUAAUAAAAAUAAGUUGCAGUAUAGGCAAAGUGAAGUUAAGUAUUUGGGACAUAUAUUUAGUAAAGAAGGGAUGCAUCUUGCUGAUAAUAGGAUAAAAACAAUAAAUGAAAUACAGGCACCUAAAAGUAAGAAAGAAUUGCAAAAGUUAUUGGGGUUAAUUAAUUAUGUAAGAAAGUUUAUACCAAAGUUAGGUGAAAUUGUUAGUUCGAUGUGUGAAUUAUUAAAGAAAGAUGUAGAGUUUCAGUGGUUGAAGGUACAUGAGAAUGCGUUAAACAUUAUUAAAGGUGAAAUUAAUAAAAAUAUUACAUUGGUGAGUUUGGAUUUUACAAAGGAAGUUACGAUUCAAACGGAUGCUUCUCAGAAUGGUAUUGGGUGUUGUUUGAUGCAAGAAGGAAGGUCAGUAGCAUAUGCGUCUAGGGGAUUAAAUGAAACAGAAAAGAAAUAUGCUAUAAUUGAAAAA